AUGUCUAGCCUACGUGCCUCCAUUCUCGCUAUAGUCAUCCUGUCGCUCACUUGCUCUGCCACGCCAUUUCCUGCACCUGCAGAUACACCCGACCUCUCCAGCUGCAUUCCAAACUGCGAGUUCAUGUGCACGAGAUACACAUAUCAUACAUUCAGUAUUGAUGGACAAUCCUGGACCGCACUCACUGGCGACAAGACUCUCGAGGUCAAGUUCGACGACAAGGUUGUCUGUGCUAAGCAGAAGCGCCAAUGUGGCGUGGGAAAAAGUUGUGACUUCCACUUUGACUGCAUUCCAGGAUGGAGCUUUUUCUUGCCAGAUGGGCCUGUGACGGGACCGUGGAGUUACGACAUUCAGGGCUUGCCAAGAGAUCGUUAUUUUCCGGAAGGGGAGUUUGCAGACGGAAACAUGGACGUUUCUAUGGCGGACAUCGAUUGUGAUGGCUAUAGCUGUGGCUUGAACCCGAUGUAUUGCCGUUUCUGCUCAAUUCAUCACAAGUCUGAGUUCUGGACCGCAGAGAAAACUUGCGAAAUGCCCUUCGCUUGA